AUGGAUAAAGAAAAUAAGAAAAAGAUUUAUGAGCACCUUUAUAAUAAUUCUGUUACACCAACACCACAACCAAAAGAAAGAUUAUCAUCAAAAGCCACUUAUGAGCAAGAACAAGCUGAAAGACGUCAUCGUGCUAAAAAAAUCCAGUACACUCCCAAAAUUCAAAAAAUGAGUUUACCACGUAAAACUUCUUUCACGGGCAAGGCAGAAACUCCCAUUUCAUUUUCAUCCAUACACUCUUUUGGAAAAGCGCAGCGAAUUCUGCCGUUAAGCAAGACAUUGGAUAAUCAAAUCAAUAAUGAUUAUUUAAAUAUGCAGUUAGGUAUGAUGACUAUAGCCAACAACAAUGAAUCGACAUUGGCAACACUAGAAUCGCAAGUAGAUAUUACACCUAAACGCAUAAGUUCAAACCCGAUGAUAAAAACGCCUACUAAAAUACAAUGCGUUUUGACAACGAACGAAGAACCAAGUUAUCGGAACAAUGAUAGUAUUCCAACAGAAGAACAAUCAACACCAACUAGGUCACCUUUACCUGAACCACUAACUAGUCGCAGGCGUUCUAAAAUAUUUCAUAGUCCAGUGGCAAAUGUAGUUGGAAAAGCCAGGCGCGUAAGGGUACCAUCAUUGAAUCUUUCGGGAACACCUAAACGUGCUAAAGUAAUAGAAUCAAUAGAAGGUUUCAGUGAAGAAGGCAAAAUCCAAAAUGACUUGGAUUACAUCAAUUCAAAUGCAAUAAAUCUAACACCAUUAAAUCCACGCAAACGUUUAUCAAUAUUUCCUAGUCCAUCGGUUGAAGUGUCGGAAACUUCACAACA